AUGUGGUCUAACAUUGCAUUUUUCGAGAUGAGAAACGGGUUCUUUGACCGUGCCCGGAAAGUGUGGCAGAGGAUUGUCGAGGUUUUUCCUCAAGUUGAUGAGCUGUGGCGUAGUUAUAUUCGCAUGGAAGAAGAAAUGCUCGGAAAUGGUGUCGGAGCUCGGCAGAUUUUUGAGGACUGGGUGACCCGGGAACCAGGCAAACAAAUCGGGUGGUUAUCCUAUGUUAAUUUUGAGUUGAGGCAUAAGCAAAGUAGAUCGAGCUCGCCUGAUCUUCCAGAGUUUGAAACCAAGUAUGGCGACAUCGCUCGAGCGCGAACCUGUUUCGAGAAGGCAGUGGAUCAGGUGAUGGCAAUGAAAGACAAUGUUGAUGAGGAAGCAGCAGAGAAGUUGUUUCUUGCAUAUGCGGAGUUUGAGGAGGAGAAAUGCAAAGAUGUCGAGAAAGCCAGGCGUAUUUACCAAAUUUCCCUUGAACAUUUCUUACACAAGGGGGUAAAAGCCGAGAAAUUGUGUAGCAAGUUUGUGGCAUUUGAGAAGCUGUGUGGAGGAGGAGACAGAGAAGGUGAAGAUGCUAUUUGA